AUAUAGUAAGGCAAUAUAACUGUAAAAGCAACUCCGCUCAAUUAAAAUAUUUGCUAUCUAAAUUAUCAGACUGAAUUUCUUGAUAAGUUCUUGAGCCUGAAGCUGCUCCACAAAGUCAGGGGGGGUUCAUGUCACUAGAAGAUUAGCAUUGCAGCCACUCCUCACACCGCGAAUUAUAUUUAGAGCUCACCAACACGUCAACUUAUCUACACCCUCACUGGACUCUUCAGCUGCCUCUCAGUUCAAAAGAAAAAUCUCAGACUUUUCAACAAAUUGGAAACGUUUCACCUGGUUUGGCUGUGGCUCCUCUUCUGAACAAACACUUUGGGAAAGUCGCAAUAACACCAGGCAGUUCCACACACUGCUCAGUGAAAACUAUCUUGGAGAAGAUCAUCCUCGUGCUCCGGUUUCCUCCAACGUUGUCCCAUUGUGAGGUGAAGAGUCCCACUCAGCUGAAGACUGAGGGAAAUGAACAUUAUCAGCGUGCGUGGUUUUUGUUGGACACGGUGUCACAAGAUCCCCGGCAAGCCCAGAAGUCUCACCGAGACCGCUUCAAGUCUCACAGUUAGCUCGUCCAGGACGUUCCUACUAGCAGACAUUAAGUGAUACCAGACCGAGAAAAACGAAGGUUAACUUCAUGAGAGAUCAGUUUUUUCCCAGGCUUUAUUGAUCAUUCGUGAGCCUCCAUGGCGGACUGGAACUUCUUGGGGAAGCUACUGGAGAGUGCCCAGUUUCACUCAACCGUGGUGGGCAAGGUCUGGCUCACGGUGCUGUUCAUCUUCCGCAUCCUGGUGCUUGGAGCCGCUGCUGAGAAAGUGUGGGGAGAUGAGCAAUCCGGUUUUACAUGCGACACCAAGCAGCCCGGUUGCCAAAACGUCUGCUACGACAAGACCUUCCCCAUAUCUCACACCCGCUUCUGGGUGAUGCAGAUCAUCUUCGUCUCCACGCCUACUCUUAUUUAUCUGGGUCACAUCCUUCACCUGGUCCGCAUGGAGGAAAAGGAGAAGGAGAAACUCAAGGACCUCGCCAUAAAGAAUGAAAAACAACAAGACUUACUUAGCAAUAAGCCCGCAAAGGCCUCCAUUAAAGACGACCAAGGCCAUGUGCGUCUGCAUGGUGCUCUUCUGCGGACGUAUGUCUUCAACAUCAUCUUCAAGACUCUCUUUGAAGUGGCAUUCAUCGUAGCUCAGUACUUCCUGUAUGGAUUUGAGCUGAAGCCGAUGUACACCUGUGACCGCUGGCCCUGCCCUAAUGUGGUGAACUGCUACAUCUCUCGACCUACAGAGAAGACAGUCUUCAUCCUUUUCAUGCUGGCAGUAGCUUCGUUGUCCCUGCUGCUAAAUUUGGUGGAAAUCUACCAUUUAGGUUUGAAAAAAUGCCACCAGGGUCUUCGCUACAGAAGGUCAAAGAUGGAAAGGGAAGCUCCCAAGGCCUUAAGUGAGGGGGUGAUACCUUUCGUUCCAAACUACACCUACUUUACAGGUCACUCUACAGUGCCUGAGCCCUUUCCUGCAAACUCAAAGUACAACAUAGCAGAGCCAAACUCUGCUUACAGCCCCUACAACAGCAAAGUAGUCUACAAGCAGAACAGAGACAACAUGGCUGUAGAGCGAAAAGGCCGAUCAGACGGAGAUGAUGCAGAGAAGACAAAAACAUCCGGUCCUGUUACUGAUCCUCCUGUGGAAAACCAGCGUAGAAACAGUCAGUCCAGCAAGCACAGCAACAACAAGGGCAGGUUGGAUGACCUGAAGAUCUGAGAACUUCACGUUUCCACCCCAGACUCAGGGCCUACAGGAAAAAUCCAUCACAUGAUGUGAUGCACCUUAGACAUUUGUUAGCUCCACAGAGGUUGGAUUGAACCACUCAGUACGGCAGAAUCUAGGAACAGAAAUAUGGGGAUGAAUUUUGAACGUUUCAGAGUUUACAGGCAAUUUCAAAAAUCUUUGACAAAGUAGACAGAAAGAAAAAUAUAUUUUGUAACUGAUUACAUUUACCACUUUGAUCAAUGAAAUAUUGGCAAUGAUAUUAACAAUUGUGUGUUGUAAUUGUAAACUUCAAGGAUCUCUUUAUGAUGUUUCACUUCUGCAUUACCUACCGACUGUAUCACUGAGUAAUCCUCAGAUGCAUGGAGAAUUUAUAUAUUGUUUUCAACAGGUUAAUUUGCACUGUUAUGGUAUGAUGAAUGUAUGAAUAGUUAUUUUUGGAGAUUUUCCCGAUAUGUUUACAAUACUGACAAGUUUUAAUGUAAAAGACUGAGUAACAUUUUUUAAGAAGCCAUGGUUUGUUUACAAUUUUAAUAGCUUAUAGUGUAUCUUUUUUGGCUUAAAUAGUUGCUGUCUGGGCUGCACAGUGGUGCAGUUGGUAGAGCUGUUGCCUUGUAGCAAGAAGGUACUGGGUUCGAUUCCCGGCCUGGGGUCUUUCUGCAUGGAGUUUGCAUGUUCUCCCUGUGCAUGUGUGGGUUCUCUCCGGAUUCUCCGGCUGUUUGUUUACAAUGGUACAGCUUUACGUCACAGAGUACUAGAUUUGCUUUUUUUAAAAUAAAUUGCUAGAGAAGAUUCAAAAGUCUCCAAAUAUAGGGACAAAGUGGAUAUGUUGGUCAACAGUGGUUUUCUCAUCCUGACCACAGCCAUGUUUACCCCUUACGUUUAUCCCACAAUUGGCUGGGCACUUUUGUGUCUUUUGCCCACAUUUGAUUAAUUCUUCAAAAUACAGUAUGUUUGCUUUCAGCAGGGUUAAUUACAUUUAAGAAUAUUUUUCAGCAGCACUACUUUGUCUAGCUGCUCUGAUUAAUAAUGUAUUUUUGUGCUAAGAUACUUUUGGCCAAAUAUAGCACCACUUAUUUUAUUUCAUUUUUUUUUAUUUUUUGGGUGCAUCAAAUGUUUUUUUUUUUUGUUUGUUGUUGUUGUUUUAAUGAAAAUCUUGUUAAAAUCACACCCUUUUACAAAAACAUUGCAUGCAGAUGUUUUAAAUUUCAAAAGCACAUACCUCUGAACUAACAGUUCAUAUUAUUUGACGGCCUUUUUUAUUGUAUUUGUUUUGGACUUAUGCCUAUGAUACUUUGAAAAAUAAAUGAUUGUCAAAGGAGUUUAUGGAAUUUUGUAAAGUAGUCUUUAAAAACAAAAAAAACUGAAGUCUUUAUUGUGAUUGUACACUCCUUCAACACUCUGAUUCAAAUGCCAUUUGAAGGACGUGAUUACAAAUGUGGGGCAGAUGUUCUGACUACGUCAUAGGCAUUGUGUCUCUACUGUGUCAUUUGCCCCUAAAAGGUCAGUUUAAUGGCAUUUGCAAAAAACAAAACAAAUUCUCCAAUACAUGUAUGAAAACGUCUGAUCAGAGCUGAAUAUUAAUAUUAGUUUUUAGGACUUUGUACAAUGAGUACAUUAAAGAAGUUGUAAGACCUUUAUAGAAUACAUUUGUGAGGAUUUGUUGAAUUGGGUUUUUGCAAUUUACAAAUUGCUCAAAGGAUCAGUUCAGUUCAGUUCAGUUCUGUUGACAGACACAGAUGAGUGUUAAUGCACACAUUCCCAAUCACAUGCCUUCAUGCACUGGUGAGAGUCGGGGCUGCAAAGGAGUCCAGUCUGUUGGCUAUAUAUAGCGGCCCUGCAGAGUGAGGGAGUAUCGUUGCUGAAAUGGGGGCAGGGGACCAAGUGU